AUGCCUGGAACAACUAUCUUGGUGCAGGAUAAAAGUGAUCCAAGAGACUUUGCUCUGUGGAAAGCAUCCAAAUCACAUGAACCACAAUGGGAAUCACCUUGGGGAAAUGGAAGACCUGGGUGGCACAUUGAAUGUUCUUCAAUUGCUAGCUCAGUGUUCGGGAGUCAGUUGGACAUCCACUCAGGAGGGAUUGACCUUGCCUUCCCACAUCAUGAGAAUGAAAUUGCCCAGUCAGAGGCAUAUCAUCAAUGUGAACAGUGGGGAAACUACUUCCUGCACUCAGGGCACCUUCGCUUAAAAGGAAGUGUAGAGAAGAUGUCAAAAUCCUUGAAGAACUAUAUAUCUAUAAAGGAUUUUCUGGUGUCCUACAAUGCCAAUGAGUUUCGUCUUUUUUGCCUUCUGACCAAGUACAGAUCAGCAAUCGAAUACAGUGAUGCUAGCAUGAAUGAAGCCCGAUCCACCCUAUCCACCAUCUCUGCCUUUAGCCACAAUGCACAAGCCUACAUGCAGGGCCACUUAUCGUGCCAGCCUGUAGAGGAGGGAAUUCUCUGGAAGAGGUUGUCUGCUACACAGGCCAGUGUUCAGACUGCUCUUGCUGAUGAUUUUGACACCCCAAAAGCUGUGGAUGCCAUCAUGAGCCUCAUUCACCAUGGCAACUGCCAGCUUCAGCCUCUUACUAAGGCUGAUGGGCCUAGGAGUCCUGCUGUAUUUGGAGCCAUGCUGUCCUAUGUCAGGGAAAUCAUGGAUGUCUUUGGAGUUGAUCUGCUGGACAGGAAGGAUUUCCAUGAUUCUUCAGGAGUUUUGAAUAAUGUAGUGGAGGAGUUGGUCCUUUUUCGGAGUGAGGUCCGUAGAUUUGCUCUUUUGGUGGAAGACCAAGCUCCGCUGGACCCUCAGACUGGCACAGAAAUUCAGAAAAGGCAUCCUCGUCCUGACAGAGUGCCCUUACUGAAGGCCUGUGAUGCCUUACGGAAUAAUCUAGCACCCCUUGGUGUCCAUAUUAAGGAUGGAGGCCUAAACUCGUUCUGGGAGAUUACAAGAAUGAGAGGAGAGACAAAGAAGAUUUAGAACUUUGACACAUGUGGUUAACACCACUUGUCAAAAGAAAUUUCACUGCUGUCCCUUUGUCUUAUGAUCUAAAGAUUAUGGUUCUCAUAUGAAUCUUUAAACAAACUGCAGCUUAACUUACCUUUCGUACAAAACAAAAACAAAGCACAUCAUUAUUUCUACAGUGCAUUUAAAACUGGAACAAUCAAUAAUCAUAACCACAAUAUGUAUAUCAUCUGAUGAUAUUAUUGUAAUUGUUAAUGAAACAAUUGUUUCCUGCAACCUACGAUUUAAAUAGCUUCUGGUAUGAUAAAUCCUUUGUUAAAUUUAAUUGGACAUUGAUAAUUAGUGCUAAACCCCUUCACAAUCAUUCUGAAACAGAAAUUACUGAGUUCAGGAUAGGUUUCUCAUUUAACACACUGGCUGAUAAAUGGAAUUGAUCAUCAAAGCAGUUACUAGUUGUAGAUAAGUUAUUUACAUUAUGUAUUUGGAGAGUGAAGAACUGGCUAAUUGUCCAGUGUCUUUUUUUUUAUUUUUUUAAGUGGUAUUCCGAAUUUUUGGACAAUUAAUUUCAUGGCAUAUUUGAAAAUGUAACAAUACGGUAUAAACAAAGGGGGGAAAGGUGUACAAGUUAAGUUUGACAUGUUUGUCAAUAUGGUAGCAGUCUAAUAAAAUGUAGAACUUGUUAAAGAAAAAAAUCUGAUGUCUCUUUAGAAGGUUUAUUAUUAUUGAACAUAAGGGCACAUGUGAGUCUCUGAAUUUCACUUGUCACUGACUAGUCAACAACUAGUGUUUUCCCCUGAUUUUAGGUAGUGUGUUUCAUGAAAAUGGCCUCCCAGUGCCUAUAUACCGAUUGUUUUGGUAAGUUGUUGACUCUGAAUUUUAAACAAGUGUUGACCGAUAUUAACUGAACUGUGAAACAUUUAAAAAAAAAAUCAUGAAGGCCUAUUUGAGCCCUGUAUUGACUCGUCUAGGUGGUCUGUUUUACAAUUGCCUUUUAUUAGUAUUAUGGCUUAGAUCA